CUCAUUAUAGAACACAACCAGGUACUAGUAACUCCGCCCAAAAAAUUUCGCAAAAUAAAACCAUUGCAUUCACAUUAUUCCCAAAUAAUUUCCCAUCUACGCGCUCUUACGCAUCGCUUUCGUUGUAAUCCGAUCCCGUCGAGUUCUUAUUCUUCGCCGCAAUGCAUUAAUUUUUAUUUUUUCUCGCAUUUUUCGGUGGGAAUUUGAUUUUUUUUAAGGGCUUUUGUUGGAGGUUUUGAAGUGUUUUUGGUGCGAAUACGUGGUUAGGGUUGUGUCGCUGCUUUUUUUCCUCGUUGUUUUGGAGUUGGAUUGAUGUUACUGUUCGAUUGGUGAUGUUUUAGAUAUCCGGUUUCUAGGGUUUUAAUUUUUUGGAGCGCAAUGUGCUCUUCUUGAUCUCGGGAGCAAUGCGAUCGUUGUGAUUGAAGCUUGCUUUGAUCGCCAUUAAUGUCUCCAGGGUAGUGGUGGAGAGAUUAGUGUAAUGCCGUUGAUUUCGGCUUGGAUUUUGAUGUGUUAGAGCAAUAAAAUGGGGAGUUCUAGGGUUUUUCCCUGAUUGGGCUUUAGGUUUGUGGGGUUUAAGAUCAUCUCAAGUAAUGCCUUGCAAUAUAGCUUCAGAGUUCUUUGUUGAUGUGUGCAUUUUUAUGUUUUACAGUGUUUUGGAACUUGUUUCAGUGAUUACUGUUUGUUGGAAUGAAUACUAGCACUUCGGAUUAUUUGCAUUGUUGUUAUCUUCACAGUUUUGGGGUUUCUGGUACAGGAACAAGAGGAAGAUGUAGAAAGGAUAUGUUUACAGAAGCUGAGGAGAAGCUAUUCCUAUAAUUUUUGUCACUAUGAGUCGCCCUGCAAACCUCCCCCCUCGUUUCCCACUUCUGAACCGGAGUUCCCUUCCCCGAACUCCGGACUCCCCAUCUGGAACUACGAAUAGAGACGGUACAUUGUUCACGCAACAGCAUAGGUCACCCUCCCAAGCAUCAUUCACUGAACAACCAUCUUGGUUCGACGACCUCUUGACUGAACCGGAGAGAAUUCCGUCCGGAAGCUCUCUUCGGAGAGCUUCGAGCGAUUCGGCUGUUAUGUUAAAUGUUUUGACUAGUUUUCAAAGCCCAAUCUUCCCAAUUCAUGAAGAUGAUUCGAUAUCGAAUGAGGAUUCAGAACAAUUGUCCGAAAUUAAGGUGGAAGGUGAGAUUGGGUGUCGGAUUGAGGCUAGCUGUGUUUAUGGCCCUAAUUCGCCUAGGCAGAAGAGUCGGUUAACCACUUCGGAGAGCUCGAUGGUGAAUGCUGUGCUGGAAAAUGUUCCUCGUAAUCCUCUGCAGUACUUAACUGCUGAUUUGGCACCUUGUUCAAACAUUAGCGAGUCUAGUGUUAAAGUAGAUGCAAAUAGUGUUGCUGCUGAUCCUGAUCCAGAGAAGGCAUCAAGAAGGCGAUCUGGGCAAAGAUCUCGGGUUCGCAAACUUCAAUAUAUAGCUGAACUCGAGAGAGCUGUUGACUCACUUCAGACUUUGGGAGCUGAGUUGGCAGCGAGAGUUGCUUCUCUCUUUCAGCUGCGAGCGGCGCUUUCUCUUGAAAAUAACCAAUUGAGGAGGCAGAUUGCCAGCCUUCGUCAGGAGAAAGUAUUUAAGGAUGGUCAGAUGCAGUCGCUGAAGAACGAAGCUGAGAAGCUGAAGCUGAUUUCCAGCCGCCACCGAAGAAGCAGAAGCACCGCCUCUUGCUUUGAGGCAAACAUUCCUUUCGAGACGGACCCUUCAGCGGUUAACUGGAAGAUGCUGGAUAUGGGAAAGCUCAAUCUAAGCGGGACUCAGUCCCCACCCAGUCAGGGCAUUCGACGCUUGUAACCACGGUUCAUCCCCUCACCGCUCUCUAGUCCGAUUAACUUUCCGAAAAGCUGGCUCAUUCUUUCAGGUUUGAUUACGCCCUCUUCAGCUAACACGAUCACCCACUAGCUGCUAAUGGUUUUUUUUUCUGAGACUCUUAAAACUUGUUGGAUCCAUAGUUAGUGUCUUCUCUCUCCUUAAUAGUUUAUACAUUGAUUGACAGAUGCUUUUUAGCUUGUUUAGUGUGUGCUUUACCUGUAGAUUUGAUUUUACAGGGAGAGGAAGCAUUGGGCCAACUACUAUUGUUGGUUUAUAGUUUUCCAUAAAAACUGCAAGUAGAUAGCCAUAACUCUGUUGAUCUUUUUUUCUCUUUUGGGUGCUUGUGAUCUAGUUGCAUGAAUAUGUUUACCACUUGGAUUUGAA